UCGCGUGACAUAGCCGCUCGACUGCGAUUGGCUGCUGCUGCUGUUAGGUGGCGGUGAGGAACGAGCGAUGGAGGCGAUGAAAAAGGCAGCGGUGUGCGCCGUGUGCGCGCUCUCUCCUCGCAAGUACAAGUGUCCCGCGUGCGAAAGCCCAUACUGUUCGGUGGAGUGCUAUAAAGUCCACAAAGGGAGCAGCAACUGCACUCCAAAGCCCAACACUGCUGCCGUCACGUCCGCUGGGAGCCCUCUUGACAGAAGGCACGACAAGGCAGUGGACAACAAUACUUAUGAUGGUGCAGAUGAAGAUUCUGACCAAGUGCCCCCAACCAGAUUGCGUCUGCUAGACGAGAGCGCUGCCCUGAGGGCACUGCUGGACAACCCCCACCUGCGCUCGCUUCUGGUGGAGAUCGACAGUGCGCAGGACAAGGCGACGGCGAUGCGCCUCGCCAUGCAGGAGCCGCUCUUCGUCGAGUUCGCCGACCGGUGCCUGAGUGUCGUGGCGCCCGCGGACGGCGAGCGGGAGGACUAGCGCCACCGGCGUUUCCGGACGUCGCAACGCACUCCGGCAAAGAAGAGAUAUCGCCACCGGCCGUAGUCUUUCCACUGCUGGAUGAAGACAUGCCCAAAGUGGUCGCCAUCUCGAGCCGAUUUUACCGCUCCCAUCUCUGCGGUGGUAAAAGAAUCCCCGCCAACAACCUGCACUCAGCAGUGGGUGAAUACAAAGGGCUGUACCUAUAAUAUGUAGCAUAACGCUGUCCAUAGAAUACUGUGAUGGUGUUUAUUCAGAGAUGGAAGUUAAUGCUUUGGAGGCAGUGUGGUAUUGCAACAUCUGCCAAUGAAUGUGUGUGCCAGUUCAGAUGUUUUGUUUUUAUCUAAAACGUUAUAACGAGUCAUAAUUUCAACUUGUAACGCGAGCCACACGCUGAGCCGGCACCAACAGUUGUCCAAGCUCAGCAGUCUACAGAUUCAGGUGUUAUCGGCCAUUUAAUUAGUGCUAAGAUAUGGGAGGAAACCGGAGCACCUCGAGAAAACCAAAAUAUGCGAGAGGGAAAUCUCUCCUGUACAGACCGAACAGGUGGAGUCCACAUUUUGUCUGUACCGCCUUCUGGAAAGUCAAGGUAUAACUGCUGGACACUCACAGAAAAAAGAGUUUAGCUGCAUUUGUACGGUGAUCAAUCGGCAUUGCCUCCGCAGUGCUGGAUUGCAGGCAGCCACGUGCAGUAUUGCCACCACGGCUUGGCUAUACUGCACGUAUAGGGAGCACGUGUUUAUUUCUCAGCAAGUGAUUGGUUACUUGAGUGCAGUAGCCACAUUGUGGCAUUUAUUUCGUAAGAUGUGGCCUAAAAUAAAGAUGUAUUUUUCUUACGUGUGUGGUUUUGCUUUAGUAAUGUUGCUGUUGUACAUCUGGUUAUUUUUUUAGUUUUAUAAACGACAGUGGCGUCACUAGGGUUGGUGUCACCCAGUGCAGUAACUCAUGGUGUCACCCCUCAUGGGCCUCCGUCCAUACCAGACCAUACAGAAUCCUUAGUAAUGUGUUUUGUACUAAUGUUUCUGGUAAAUGGUAAUUCCCGUAAAUAACUGAAUGUAAUGGCAAUAGUGACAUAAACAACUAGCAACAUUUAAAUUACACCUUUAAAUGCCAAUAUUUCCUUUAAUUACUCCAUUCUCAAAAAAGUUAUUGAUCUAAGUUCACAAAUACUAAUUACCACAGUAUUGCACCUAAAACACCAGAAAAUUUGACAAAACCAGCGACUAAAAACACGAGCAGCAACAGCGCGUGCAGACGAAAGCACGUGAUUCGAAGCGUCACUGUAAUUGGGUAAUAACAGCUCUGACCGGAGGGCAUUCGAAGGUUCAAAAAGUAAAUUCGCACAGGGAUUUAGCCUUGUAGGUAUAUUAAUACAGUACAUGUAAGCUGGGCUUACGAAAAAUGUUUUUGUUACAACCACAAGGAUAUUUUUUUUUAAUAAAAAAAAAUAAUUUCUGCUGAAACACUGCACAAACAUUGUAUAGACAGUCAUUUUGGUGUCACCCCCUCUGAUGGUGUCACCCCCUCUGAUGGUGUCACCCCCUCUGAUGGUGUCACCCCCUCUGAUGGUGUCACCCCCUCUGAUGGUGUCACCCGGUGCGGUCCGCACCACCCUAGUGACGCCACUGAUAAACGAAUUUAAUUUUUUGACCAAAACAUGGAAAUCGUUUCCUUUUCAAAUGGAAAGCACUCAUCCUGUUAGCCGUCUUAAACCAACCGUUUACUAAAAAUGUGCAUCAGUUUGAUCGACCCUGCAAAAAUUACGGGCUGAGUUAACCCUCAGCGGAGUAGUAACUCACAACCUUCUUAUUGAUUAUGGUGUUCAAAUAUGUCAUUGGCCUCAGUUGUAAAAAAAAUACCAUUCUGCUCUGUAACCUUGAAGACUUUGACAAAACGAGUCUGUAAAUCAAUGAACUCUCACCUGCGUAAGGAACCAGCAUAAACAUCUAUACGAC